AUGAAGACGCUGCACUUGGCUCUGAUUCUGCUCUCGCUGUCCGAUGUUCUCACUCAGAACACUAACACUAAAGACUGGGGUGUGAUCAAUCCAGGUUCCUCACAGUUUGUGUGGUCUAAGAACAACGAGCAGUUAAACACAUCAGGACCCGUUCUUCACUUUCCUGCUCUAACCGUGAGGGAUUCUGGGAAUUACACCUGCACUUGGAAAACCAACGAGACGUCAGGAUCUAAAACCAUCAGCCUUCAGGUCGAGGGUAAUUGGAGUGUGAAAUAUCCAGAGGCGGUUUGUGCUGUAAGAGGAUCCAGUGUCUCCAUUCCCUGUAGUUAUUAUUAUCCUAAGGGAAUUCAGGUGGCACAAAUGCUUUGGUGCUCGAUGAACUCAAACAAAGGAAGGUGUACAGACCCUCCGUAUGUUUAUAACAGCUCAUCAAACAUCAAGUCAGACUUUGAGUACGUUGGAGACGACAAAUCAAACUGCACUUUGUUAAUCCACAAUGUACAGUUCAGUUAUUCUGGAGAGUACAGAUUCAGAUUUAUAACUGAUGAGCCCGGUGGCAGGUGGGUAGGUGAUCCUGGAGUGACUCUACAAGUUGCAGAUUUAAAGGUCUCACUAAUCAGGCUCAGUGGAAACGGAACUCUUAAACAAGGAGACUCGUUAAAUCUGACGUGUGAUGUGAGCUGCACACACAGUUCCUCACAGUUUGUGUGGUCUAAGAACAACGAGCAGUUAAACACAUCAGGACCCGUUCUUCACUUUCCUGCUCUAACCGUGAGGGAUUCUGGGAAUUACACCUGCACUUGGAAAACCAAGGAGACGUCAGGAUCUAAAACCAUCAGCCUUCAGGUCGAGGGUGGGUCCGUCUCAAAUCCUUGUCACGAGUUAUCCUGGAUCAUUAUUGUUGUGACAGUUGGAGUGAUUUUCAUUGUCUUAGUCAUUUUUGGAGCUCUGAUUUACAACAGGAGGCGGAAGUACGGAUCUCCUAACAAACUCCAACAUAUCGUCGACACAUGGACGAAGUUCGCCUCCCUUCUUUUUUACGAAGAAAAACCCUGUGAGGAGGAGGGCCAGAUGGCACCAUGGCGAAGAGCAUUCGUCACAUACUCCUCCAUCGCCUGCAUCUCUGUCGAAGACAAUAAGUAG